AUCUAUUCAAGAAGCUGAAGUAACAAUUGAAUGUGCUGGUGCACGUGCAACAAGAACAAUAAAAAAUGUACAAAAAUAUCCAAAUUUUGAAUCGUCACCUACUGAAGCAGAUACAUAUGCACUUCUUCUUAAUUUACCAAAUGAUGAUAAAUUUUGGCCACAUUUAAGUAUACGUUGUGUACAACAUCGUCUUUUUGGAAUGAAAGAAAUUGCUGGCAAUCUAGUUGUAACUAAUCUACAAAAAUAUCUUGAAAAAUCUAUUCAUCGUUCAACACCAAAUGAUCAAGCUGCAGCUGAUGCUGUGAAUGAAUUAUCAAAAAGAAUUCCAUACAAUUUUACUCGUGUUCGAAGAUCGAUUAUUGAUGCAUAUGAAGCUUCUCUAACGCCACAGAACGAGAGUUUAGGAAAAACAAAAUUAGUUAAGUUUGAAAGCAAUGCAGGUCGUGACAGAGACGAUGGUGAUAGUCAAGCAUCAAUUAUCCAUGCUGAUUCAUUGGGACAAAGAAAAAAAGAAAAUGAUGAAUCUGGUAGAAAAUCAGAUAAAGAAGAAGAAGAUGGUUUAAGAGAAUCUGAUUUGACAUCUGAAUCACCUAGUAAUAGAAAACAUGGAAAUGAAUCUUUAACAACAUUAGAAAAAAUAAAAAUAAACGAUAUGGAAAAAACAGCUGGAUGGUGGCAUAAAUAUUAUGCAUCAAAAGCAAAACUAAAAUUAAUGCGACGAUGUGCUAUAGAUAUGGAUGAAAGUUUAAAAGAUAGAUAUGAUGCUUAUGCCGG